CUGAACCGUUUCGCGGCUCUGGUUGACGUGGAACGCAAAGAAUAUCUGGCGCACGUGCCCAAUUCGGGUCGCAUGGGCGAGCUUUUGGUGCCGGGGUUUCGCGUCCUCCUGGCGCCGGCUCCGAGCGGAACCGGCAGGAAGACGAGCUACGAUCUGGCGCUGGUGGACACCGGCAGCGCGCUGUCGUCCGCCGAUGCCCGCCUGCCCAACAAGCUGGUGGCCGAGGCGUUGGCACAGAGGCGUAUGCCGCAGUUCCGCAGCUACCCGGUGGCGCGAGGGGAGCAAGUCUAUGGGGAUAGCCGCCUGGAUUUCCUGCUGGAAGGGCCCGCGGGCAAAUGCUACGUCGAGACCAAGUCGGUUACGCUGGUUGAGGAUGGCGUGGGUUUGUUUCCGGACGCUCCCACCAUUCGGGGAGUGAAACACCUGCGCAGUUUGAUGGCGGCGCUGGAGGAGGGACACCAGGGCGCGGUGGUAUUCGUGAUCCAACGUGCGGACGUGGAGGCGUUCGCGCCGCACGACGAAGCAGACCCGCUACUGGGCGCGACGCUGAGGCAGGCGCACGAUGCCGGAGUGGCGGUUUGGGCGUACCGGUGUAGCCUGAGUGAGCAAGGCAUCGAACUUGCCGACGCGGUGCCAGUGCUGCUGUGA